UCGCGGAGGUCACUCAGCGCGCGGUGUGCGAUCGGCGGGCGGGGCUGGCUCAGGUGCCGUGGCACGGGACGGACGCGGUGGGCGAGGGGGGCGGUCGCGCCGCGACGUCGGCGGCGUGAGGCUUCGCGCGUGAGCGGCGCGGGCGCCAGGCCUGACGGCCAAGCUCCGGUGGCGGGCGCGUAGGUCGUUGACGCGGGCCCGGGCGGAGGUGCGUCCGUCGCUGAGAGCGCGGCGUCGAGGUUCCCGGACCAUGGAGGACCCGCAGCCGCUGCCACAGCCCGAGCUGCCGCUGUGUGACAGCCUCAUCAUCUGGCUGCAGACAUUCAAGACUGCCUCACCCUGUCAAGAUGUCAAACAGCUGACUAAUGGAGUGACCAUGGCACAAGUUCUUCAUCAAAUUGACGUAGCCUGGUUCAACGAUUCUUGGUUAAGCCGAAUUAAAGAUGAUGUUGGAGACAACUGGAGAAUAAAGGCUAGUAACUUAAAGAAAGUCCUCCAUGGAAUUACAAGUUAUUAUCAUGAGUUUUUGGGGCAGCAGAUUUCUGAAGAACUUAUCCCUGAUUUAAACCAAAUAACUGAGUGUUCAGACCCUGUGGAGCUUGGAAGGUUGCUUCAGCUUAUUCUAGGCUGUGCGGUCAACUGUGAAAGGAAGCAAGAGCAUAUUAAAAAUAUAAUGACCCUGGAAGAAUCUGUUCAGCAUGUGGUCAUGACUGCAAUUCAGGAGUUGAUGAGUAAAGAAAUCGUGAGCUCUCCUGCAAGUGACACCAUUGGAGAAUUAGAGCAGCAGCUUAAAAGGGCAUUAGAAGAGCUUCAGGAAGCCACAGCAGAGAAGGAAGAGCUGAAGCAAAGGUGCCAGGAACUGGAUAUGCAGGUGACUGCACUUCAAGAUGAGAAGAAUUCACUGGUUUCCGAGAAUGAGAUGAUGAAUGAAAAGCUUGACCAGUUGGAUGGCUCUUUUGAUGAUCCAAAUACAAUGGUUGCGAAAAAGUAUUUUCAUGCACAGUUACAACUAGAACAAUUACAAGAAGAAAACUACAGGCUUGAAGCUGCAAAAGAUGAUUACCGUGUUCACUGUGAGGAACUUGAAAAGCAGCUGAUUGAAUUUCAGCACAGAAACGAUGAGCUGACAAGCCUUGCUGAGGAAACCAGAGCCCUGAAAGAUGAGAUAGAUGUUCUUAGGGCUACCUCAGACAAAGCAAAUAAACUGGAGUCGGCAGUGGAAGUGUAUCGUCAGAAGCUGCAAGAUCUAAAUGACCUCCGUAAGCAGGUGAAAUCUUUACAGGAGACAAAUAUGAUGUAUAUGCACAACACCGUGAGCUUGGAAGAGGAGCUGAAGAAGGCCAACGCAGCACGUGCGCAGCUAGAGACCUAUAAGCGCCAGGUUCAGGACCUUCACACUAAGCUUUCCUCUGAGUCUAAAAGGGCAGAUACACUAGCAUUUGAGAUGAAACGGCUUGAAGAAAAACAUGAAGCUUUACUCAAGGAAAAAGAGAGACUGAUAGAACAGCGUGACACUCUGAAAGAGACGAAUGAGGAGCUACGAUGCUCACAGGCACAGCAAGAUCACUUAAAUCAAGCUGAUGCAUCUACUACAAAAAGUUAUGAGAACCUCGCUGCUGAGAUCAUGCCAGUGGAAUACAGAGAGGUGUUCAUUCGACUGCAGCAUGAAAACAAAAUGCUUCGCCUGCAGCAGGAAGGGACAGAGAAUGAACGCAUCGAGCAGCUGCAGGAGCAGCUGGAGCAGAAGCACCGCAAGAUGAACGAGUUGGAAACUGAACAAAGAUUGAGCAAGGAGCGCAUUGGAGAAUUGCAGCAGCAAAUUGAGGACCUCCAGAAAUCGUUACAAGAACAGGGCUCCAAGACUGAAGGCGAAAGUUCCAGCAAACUAAAGCAGAAGUUGGAAGCUCAUAUGGAAAAACUAACAGAAGUCCAUGAAGAAUUACAGAAGAAACAGGAGCUCAUUGAAGACCUUCAGCCAGAUAUAAGUCAGAACGUCCAAAAGAUCAGUGAGCUUGAAGCUGCUCUUCAAAAGAAGGAUGAAGACAUGAAAGCAAUGGAGGAGAGAUAUAAAAUGUACUUAGAGAAAGCCAGAAAUGUAAUAAAAACUUUAGAUCCCAAAUUAAAUCCAGCAUCAGCAGAAAUAAUGUUACUUAGAAAGCAGCUGGCGGAGAAGGAAAGAAGAAUUGAGAUUCUAGAGAGUGAAUGUAAAGUAGCAAAAUUCCGUGAUUAUGAGGAAAAACUCAUUGUUUCUGCCUGGUAUAACAAGAGCCUGGCGUUUCAGAAACUGGGCAUGGAGUCUCGGCUUGUGAGCGGCACUGGUGCUUGCAAAGACGCCGGUGCGGGGGCUCCAGCGCGGUCAUUCUUAGCACAGCAGCGGCACAUCACCAGCACCCGGAGAAAUCUCUCUGUUAAAGUCCCAGCCGCAGCAUCUGACUAGUCCACAAAGCAAACACGAACAGAAGUGCCUCAAAAUGUUUUGUACCCCAAGAAACUACCAGAUGGAAAACAAAGGUUAAGAUGCUUGGUAGCAGCUAGUUUUGUUUGGAUUUUGUUUUGAGAUAGGGUCUCCUAUACCCCAAACUGGCACUGAAUUUACAGCAUAUUCAAGGAUGACCUUACCAUCUGAUCAGUCCUUCCCUCACUUCCUGCAUGCUGGGAUUAAUAGUUGUGUGCCACCAUAGCGGGUUGAUACAGUGCUGGGGAUCAAAACCUGCACUUAGGUCAAGCCAUCUACCAACUGGCUACGUUCCUAACCUGGGUAUCAACUAUUUUUAUGUCAAAAUGUAUCAAGUUAACAUUUAAGUUUACUCCGAAAACAAAAUACAAAAUCAGCUCUGUCCCUGGGCAGCACUUUUGAGUACUUGGAAGUGUGAUAAAAACAAGUAUUUGUCUUGAGAUGGCAUCAUGUGUGGGAAAGCAACUGCAUAUUCCAGCUUUAUGCUUUCAGUUGUAACAGCAAGUCAGUUAAGUUAGAAAAAGUAAUAGUUUGUCAUUUAGUAAUAUAUCUAGAUUUGCUUUAUGGGAAGCAGCCUCCAGUAAGGCAUGUAGAUAAGAACUGUGCAAGGUAAUUUCUUUGACCUGGUGUGUACAAAGCUUUCCUCUACUUGCUAAUUCUGCCCUCAAGAGGAUCCACAAUAACGCGUGGAAGCCUUUACUGUUGGAAUGACUUUGUCUUGUAAAAGCGACUGAGUAGACAUUUGCAGUUUCUCUGAGUUGUAUCUCAGUUUGUACAUGUACUGCUGUGAAUGAAGAGGGCUUGACUGAAAUGGUAAGGUGGGAAAUAAACUGGUAUUUCUAAGAGGUACCUUUCUGUUGGAAAACAAACUAGAAGAAUACAUGUUGAAAUAUCCAUAUGCUUUUGAGCAUGAAAUUGUUGUGGCCUUUGUUUUCAAAGAAGGGUAUAAUUUUGCUUUAUUUCUGUAAAGAAACAAUGAUGGAACAGCUUAGGACCAGUGUGGUUUCUGCUUACCUCUUAAGGAGUUUCUGGAGCUGGAUUUGUGGCAUUCAGUUCAUUUCUGCCCAGGGUUGUUCUUUUCAGAGACAUUACUUUCUAAUUUGGGGUCACUUUUUAAAGUCACACUUUGGAAUAUUAGUUGUUAAAUCAGUAUUGCUUGAUGUAGCCACAAGUGGUUCAUUCUUGUGUCAGACACAUUUCCAACACAUAGCAGCCACGUUUUCAUCAUUGUUGAGAGUUCUGGUGUGAUGCAGUGUCACAGCAGAGCUUGGUUUUUGGUAACUUGGGAAAAUUCUUUGAUCCUUAGACUACAGAAGUGAGAAUAAUUCAUCUCAUAUCUAGAGAAGAGUCAGAUGGUGACAAGAGUGCAGCAACGCAAAUGUCGCAGCAUUGUGUAUACACUGAACGUGAGCAGGCAUUCUGUGAGGGAGUGUGCUUGUGGGCUGCAUGAUCCCUGAUGGGUCAGCUCCUCACCACUCCCCUCAGCAUGAAAGGAGGGAUGCUAAUAUGUCAACAAAAUGGGUGUGAGCCAGAUUAAGCUGGCGGGCUGUAGAGCUGUGGAAUACACUUUAUUCUUAGUCCUUCAUAAAUAUGAGUAUUGUUCUAUUUGAAGUGUUAACUCAUGUAGAUAACUGCCUUUAAAUCCUUGCCCAGUGAUUUUUUAACCACUUAACAACACAAGAAUUUCACAGUGAUUUGGGGUUUUGAGAUUAGCGGCAUCUGCCAGGAUAUUUUGUUUUAUCAGGGUUCCUUCUGUUGACUACCUCUUAGAUUUUGAUGCUUUGUGCAUUUAAACUGUUGGUUUGCAUUUUUGUAUGUUCUUAUGGUGUCUGCUUGCCUGUGUCUUUUAGUGAAAUAAGACUUUGGAAAAUACUUUAGCAUGCUGUUUAAAAUUUUCUAAAAAUUGUGGCAUUUGGGUAUAUUUUUGUUAAUGAAGAUAUUGAUGUUAGUGUUUGUAUUUGCUUAUAAUUGAGAUUUUACAAGUUCUCUUUUAAUGGAACUUACUAUAAAAGAUGAACUUCAAUAAAUUAAUGUUUCUAGUGUAAUUGUUCAUAAAUUUCUAAAUAAUUAAUGUAGCAUAAAUAAGGACAUAAGGAUAAGUUUUCUUUUCUUAAUAAAGAAAAGGCAAAUUUUCUGAUUUUUCUAGUUUUAAGUAGAAUUUCAAACAUUUGAUACAUGUUUAUACAAAACUAUGUAAAGUUCUAUAUAAUUGAGACUAAUCACAGAAAUUGAGGCAGUGAUCAGGGUGAUUCUUUCCCUGUGUGGUUCAUGCAGUGAGACCAGUGUCUGCCAGGUAUAAAGCAUACGUGUUUCAUCUGGAACCAUAAUUCUACAAAUGUGUUGCAAGGGAGGAUUGAAUGUAUAAACUUGGAAUUGACAAAAAUUUAUGUCCCAGUGGUUAUAAAGUUAGAAACAAUUUUGAAUUUCAAGCGGUUGUCCUUGGAUUGAUAUUCCUUUCUCUUUUUGGAUAUAAUUAUGACAAAUUGUUUAUCUUGGAAACUAACUUAAUGUAUUGAGAAAUAUUUGAAGUUUACUCUUUUUUUUUCCAGUGCUUAAGACUAAUGAUUUAGUGUAAGUUAAAAAUACCUUGCCUAGCAUCCUUUAGCAGAGUAUCCCUUAGUAAGAUCUGGUAGGUUGUUGAUGACUGGAUGUUAAACACUUCACAAAUACACCUACUUUUGUGUAAUGUACAUCUGGCCUUUGGGAGUGACAGUGAUUUAGGCCAGAGUAGUGUCACUUUGUGUAAAAAUAAAUGUAUAUGGCUUGUUAUACAUACAGUCUUAUUGUGAACUUGUUUAUUGCACAGAAAUAGUUUGGACACUUAUAAAGCACAAAUCAUCAGAGGAAAUAGUGUGUAGUUAUUGAAUUUGAGGAAGUCUCAGUACAGUGUUUAGUUUAUAAAAAGGUCCUUUCUAUUUUCUAUGACAAAUACUGUCAUACUUGAAAAAUAGACGCAAUACUUGAUUUAUUUUUGUAAGUAUUUAGAAUAUUAUUUUAAAUAAAUGAUUGUCAAUAUAAUUGUGAAAUGUUUUGAGUAAAUAAACUUCUGCUUCUGUA